ACCUGACAUCUAACUCAUAAUCGAUGGGGGUUGAGAGUAAUUGAGGGGGAAAAGAAGAAGAAGAAGCAUCACAAAGGGGAAAUUGGGUCGAUUUCUUCAGCAAUUCAUGACUAUUAACUCCCCUCGAUCUCCAGAUUUCUCCAAUGAUCAGCUAACUAUCGAUAAUUGUUUCGAUUCAAUCUCUGCACAUAAGCAAUUGAAUUAGAUUAGAGAGAUCCUCACAAACUGCUCACCCCAGAUCUCCAAUCAAGAUAAUUCAGCCUUGUAUUGUUAUAGAUUCCGAUCUGUAAAUUGUAUUGGUUUUCUGAAUACAUUUGGUAUCCACUUAUUGUUUUUCAAUUUUUGUGUUGGGAGAGUUUUUUCUUCAAUGGCGACAAGGAACAGAACGUUUCUGUUUAAGAAGUAUAGAGAUGCAUUGAAGAGCGUUAGGGCUCCGUCUUCAUUAGCUUCUUCUAGCUCCCGUGGUGGUGCGGUGAUUGAGUUAACCAACGCCGGCUUGCUUAAACAAAAUAGUUCUUAUGCUCCUCUUAGUACCGAGGAUCCCGGGACUUCUUCGGCAGGUGCAUUAACUGUGGGGCUUCCUCCUGCUUGGGUUGAUGUAUCUGAUGAAAUAACAGCAAAUGUGCAAAGAGCAAGGGCUAAAAUGGGAGAAUUAGCAAAGGCACAUGCUAAGGCUUUGAUGCCAUCAUUUGGUGAUGGAAAAGAAGAUCAACACAAGAUUGAGGCUCUUACACAUGAGAUUACUGAUCUUUUAAAAAAAUCAGAAAAAAGAUUAAAGAGAUUAUCUGCUGGUGGGACUUCUGAGGAUUCAAAUAUUAGGAAAAAUGUGCAGCGUUCUCUUGCAACUGAUCUUCAGAGUCUUUCAAUGGAACUCCGGAAAAAGCAAUCUACUUAUUUAAAGCGCCUUCAACAGCAAAAAGAGGGUCCAGAUGGGGUUGAUCUAGAAAUGAAUUUAAAUGGAAAGCAUUCUAGAAGAGAUGAUGAUGAUGAUGAGUUUGAUGACGUGGGUUUCAAUGAACAUCAAAUGGCAAAGUUGAAGAAAAGUGAGGCUUUCACAGUGGAAAGGGAGAAAGAGAUUCAACAGGUUGUGGAAUCAGUAAACGAGCUCGCUCAGAUCAUGAAGGAUCUUUCUGUCCUUGUCAUCGACCAGGGAACUAUUGUUGAUAGGAUAGACCACAAUAUUCAAAAUGUUGCAGCGUCUGUGGAUGAAGGCCUUAAGCAGCUGCAAAAGGCGGAAAGAAGUCAGAAAAGAGGGGGGAUGAUAAUGUGUGCGACAGUACUAGUGAUCAUGUGUUUUGUUAUGUUGGUUCUCUUAAUCCUUAAAGAGAUUCUUUUCUGAACUCUUAAUUCUCAUAUAAUAUGUCUCUCAAAGUAUUUGGCUUACAGAGUUACUGUUAUGACCCUCCCCCCAACCAUCCUCAUGUGACUAUGUGAGACUUAGACGAAAGGCUAGUUUUGGGAAUUCCCAUAAAAGACGGUAUGUGUUGUUCUACUUCUAUGUACUUUUCACAAGGGCGGGGGAAGGCUGGGUGUAUAGAUGAUUUUUAUAGUGUAAUUUGCCUAAGUUUUGGGAUUAACCUACUAGAUUUUCAUUUUCAUUUUCAUUUUUUUUUUGUAUCGAUUUAUUCUUCAAAUAUAAAAGAAGAGGAUAUUAUUACAAGUUUAUAGUAAUGGUUUAUCUGUUUGAAGAAAAUGUUGUAUGAGUAAUGAUUGGUUAUUUUUAUAUGAAUC